ACCCCAUCACACACACACGCACAGCCUCUCUCCCCUCCCCCACUGUGGCCAUGAUGCCGGAAAUGACUCGCAUCGCCGCGCAGUGUUGCGGAAUGGCGCUGGCUCGGCGGAGCUGGGCUCCUGCAGGCUCCUCGGCAGCGAGGAGGAGGCGAGCGCUCCUCCAGUGACACAGUCACCCGCCGCGAGAAGAAGAAGAAGAAGCAGGAGCAGCAGCAGGAGCAGCGGCAACCUCCUUGCUCAGCCAGCACCCUGGGCGGUGGGGGGGGUGUUGGAGAGAGCAGGAGGGAGGAGGAGGAGGUUGCUGGUGGCGGUGGUGGCGGCGGCCGGGACGAGGGGGUAAAGAGCGGCGCAGAAAGGGGUCGGUGCGCGGGUAGCGGAGGGUGGGAAGAAGAAGAAGGGGACAGGGACCCCCCUCUCCCUCCCCUCCACCCUCCUCUUCCGCCUCCUCCUCCUCCUCGAAGCUCAUCCUCCCCCCCCCCCAGCACCUCUUCAUCGCCGAGGCUUUGCUUUGCCGUAGGCUGCCUUAAGCAGUGUCCGCGGCGUCCAUGGGGCGCCGCCACUUUGACGUUUGGCGCCUCAGCGUUGGUGGCGCGGCGUCCGUGGACUGAGUGGGGAUCGGUGACGGUAGGGGUGGAGAGGUGGGGGGGAGGAGGUUCUUCUUCUUCUUGUUCUUCUUGUUGUUUGUUGUUGUUGUUAACGAUUCCACCCUCCACCACCAAAACAUCCGACGGGCGCAUGUUGUUGAUGUUUGCGUUCAUCGUUAAUUUAUUGUUGUUAUCGGCGUAAUCGUCAUUAGCAUCGUCGUCGUCGUCUUCUUAAAGAUGUUGGCUAUUGUGAAUUCCUUCCUAGCCGCUCCAUUAUAAUCGGCAGCAUCUUUAAACGAAUUUUUGUUUUUUUUGUGCUUGGGUAGAUUUGCCUUUUCUUCUUGAUUUAGGCAUCAUCAUCAUCGUCGCCGUCGUUAUCAACAACAACAACAGUCGUCUUUAUCGGUCCAUUGCUUGUUCUCUCGUUGUUUGAAUAGCUUUAUUUUCUUGACACUAGCGUCAACACCACCAUCACCAUCGGCCGCAGCUUUCUCGACAGUCGUUCCGCUGUUAUAAUCGGCCCCUUGUUUCCUUUGAUGGUCCACCACCAUCAACAACAACAACAACGAAGACGACGACAUUAGCGACAUCGCUAACAACACAACCAACCCACCAUUAAUUAUCACCACCUCGUCCAACCGAAGAGCAUGUACAAACACAAAAGACUUGCAGUGGUGCAACCACACUCCCAACAACAAUCAAUCGACGAAUAUCUCUCGAGCCACGGCCUCUAUCGGAAGUUCAUAGCCAAAGAUGGGUCCUGUCUCUUUAGAGUCGUGGCGGAGCAGGUGUUCCACACACAGUCCCUCCAUCUGGACGUAAGGAAAGCGUGCGUUGCUUUCCUACGAAGGAAUAAAGACAAGUUUGAAGCGUUCGUCGAAGGCUCGUUUGAAGAUCAUUUGCAGCAGCUUUCAAAUCCGAAGGAAUGGGGCGGCGACUUAGAAAUAAAUGCACUUUCCAUAAUGUACAGUCGAGAUUUUAUCAUCUAUCAAGAACCGGGGAGACCACCAGCAAACGUAACGGAGCAUGGAUUCAAAGACAAAAUACUGUUGUGUUUCUCGAACGGGAAUCACUACGACAGCGUCUACUCGCGGAAGUUCCCGGCCGUCGCUGGGAUCUGUCAGGCGGUGCUGUACGAGCUGCUGUACGAGCACGUGUUUGAGGUGAACAGGCAGACACUACGGGCCUCCGUGGAGCUCUAUCGCAGCCGCAAGAACCAUGACAGCUCAUCUGAGGAGGCCAUCCUGGACAGUUUCGGGGGAGACAUCGAGUCCGUCCCAUUCAGCGUCAUGAAGUCGCUGGACCCGUUUGUGUACAGAAACGUGGAGUUUGAGGUGUGGGUUGCUUCCAGGAAAGAGCAACACGAAGCAGAUCAUGGAUCGGCUCCUGGAGUUCAUUUCUCGGAAGGCGAUCAGUGUCUGGUGCGCGUUGAGGAGCGGGGAGACCGCUACUACCCCGCGUACAUCACGGAGAUCUUCACGGAGAACGGGCCCGUCAACGUCUACGUGGAGGAGCUCAAGGGCAGUAAAUGUGUUGCCUUGAAGAAUCUGAAGCCGCUCUCCUGGAACCCGACACUAACGUACUGGGGAUCGGCUCCAGACUUGGCGGAGCAGGACGGCUGGAACAAGGGUGGGAAGAGGCGGGACGUGAGAGGGCGCCCGGGAGAGCGGGAGGGCGCCCCCCGCGGUCAGAUGAGCCUCCCCCCACGCAUGCAGCAGCAGCAGCAACAACACAAGUCAGGGGCAAUGCGCUCGCUGGCGCAGCACGACUGCAGCAUGGAGUACAACCCGUCCAUGAUGGACUACUCUGGCCUCGUUCAGGGAGGGCCGCCCAACAAGGCAGUGGGGCCGGUCCAUCAAGCAAGAGCAUUUGGGCGAAUGCGGUCUCCUCAAGUGAGCGACCCGUGGUACCGACAGACAGCGGACGAAGGCCUCGUUCCAAGUGACACGGCCUUCCCAGCGCUUCCCUCGGCCAGAGUGUACUCCUCCACGAUGGCAUCUUCGGCGCAAGCCGGCACGCGCUUGCCGGAUCACAAGCCCAAGGGCUCCGUUCUGGAGCCCGCGUUCGCCCACGCCCUGAAGACGGCCAAGAUGCCGCCCGACGGCCAGCUGGGAGGGGGCGGCGCUGGUGGCGCCGCCGCGGUGGGAGGCACGAGGGGAGGACCGGCUUCCUUCGGCGGCCCUGUGCCAAUGCCUGGUCACAGCGCCACGUCCAUCAUUAGCUCCAUGCUGCACAACCUCUCGCCGCAGGUUACAAUGUCGGUGUCGCAGCCACGCACUCUGUUGCUGCCCGGCGGAGGGAUGGGCGUUCCUCUCCCGGGCGGCCCCUCGGCAGCGCCGACGCCGCUGCCCAUCAGCAGGCCCCGCUCGAGCCCUUCGGUGGCGGUCGGCUCGGCCUCCCAGGCAUGCUCGCCCCUCGCCGUCACGCUGCCCGCGCUGCACCCUCCGGCCGUGCUCUCCUCGGCCGUCAAGCCCUCCCAGGCCAUCUUGGCUCCGAUCGCGGCGCUCAUCCCGCCGUGCCCGACGCCCGGCGCCAUGAGCUCUCCGUCCCCGGCCGUCAUCGGGCCUUACUCAUCCUCGGGUCCACCGCCACUGCACUCCUACAACCAUGCCGCGUUGGGCGGCCACCCCGCCAUGGGGCCCUCGUCCCCCUUCCACGGACACCAGAAGAUCCUUUCGCUCUCGACCCAAGCGAGCGCGGACGGUGGAAGCGGUGGCGGCGGCGGCCAGCGGGACCGGGCGACGCCGCUCAACGGCUUCAGCCCCUCGGCACUGGCGGUGAGCGGUGACGGCGUGGGGUCCCAGCCGUCUGCAAUGGCUGGUGGUGGUGGUGGUGGCAACACGUCUCCUGCCGGGAUGCCGGGGGACGCCGCGCAGAAUGGAGCUCUGCUGGCCGCCGGCAGGGGCGGGGGGGCGUUGGAGCGGGGUGCAGCCGGCGCAGAGGACAGGGCCUCGAUCGCCUGCGCGGCCUCGGGGCAGAAAGCGUCGCUCGACUCGCAAGCUGCGGCUGGAUCCAUGUCUCUGUUGGAACCGUUCGAUGCCCUCUCUCUCUAUUCCAAAGACCCCGAUGGCCGGGAUCUACCCGAAGACCAGAGGCUUCUGCAAUUUUUCUUCAAUUACGGAAUUCAAGCGUUUGCGCAAGCACGCUGGCUGGGCCCCUACCAGUCCCUGCCGGGGCCCUGGACGUCCGUGUACCCUCCGGCCUCCUUUGGCCUCACGCACUCCCCGCAGCAGUCGCGCUACUUCCCGGCCGGCGACGUGAGCUGGCCGUCCGCGCAGUCCAACCCGGCGUGCAGCCACAACGGCGACUCGCUGGACGUGUGGGCGGCGUCCCCUGGCGCCGCCUCCCACGUGCCCGACGCCGCCAAAGAGUGGCCGCCCCCUCAAGCCGUUGGAAGCGGCGGCGGCGGCGGCGGCGGGGGCGGCUGGCCCCUCAACAACGGCGCGGUGGGCGAUCAGCUCAAGGAGCAAGAUGGCUCCGGCGGCGAUGCCUUUGCCAAUGGUAUGGAGGCGGGCUCCAUGUUUAACGCAACGAGCGGUGCGCAGGCUCACUUUCGAGGGGCGUGGGGCACCGGCGGCGGCGGCGGCGGCGGUGGGGCCGGCGGCGGGGCGCAGGGUGACGGCGGGCCGGGCGGCAGCGCGUACGGCGUGUCCUCCUGGCUCAACCACAUGCAGGGAGGAGCGGUGGGCGGCCCACCCGACUUCCCGUCGCAGGGCUGCAAGGCGCAGUCCCUGUUCGAUGGCGGCGGCGGUGAGCAGCAGCAGCAGCAGCAGGGCAAGGUGAACACGUCCGGCGUGGCCAUGGGCUUCCCCAUGGACGUGCGCAGCCUCACGUCGCAGGCCGGCAUGGGGCUGCUGAGCGUGCCGCCGCCGCCGCCGCCGCCGCCCCACUUCUCGGACUCGCAACCGGGCGGGGGCGGCACUCCCGUGCCGCCCCCGCCGCCGCCGCCGCCGCUGCCGCCGCCGCCGCCGUUUGGCCCGUGCCCCGUCAGUUUUGCUGACGGCGGUGUGGGCCCGCCGUUCCCGCCGUUCCAGACGGCGCAGGCGGAUAUGGCGCUCGCCUCGAACAGCGCCGACUUCCGACCGAGCCCAAACUACUUUGCGAUGGGCGUAGCGCACGGCCACCACGCGCAGCAGCAGCAGCAGCAGCACGGCCUGGAGUUCGGCGUCCCCAGGAUGCCGCCGCCUCCGCCGGCGCCGGCGCCGCAGGGCAUCGUGGGCAGCGGUGCGCGGGUUAGGGGCGAGGGGUCGCAGUUUGCCGGGGACCAGUGGUAUCGGGGCGGGCUGGAGUGCUACGCCGACCCAGGCGGCGCGAGCCAAGUGCGGGCCGAAGCGAUGCAGCGGGCAGUGAGGGACGGGGGAGCGGCGCCGCCGAUGAGCACCGGCCCCUACACCGCGGGCGGAGGCAAUGGCUUUCAGGUGUGGGGCUACGGCUACCAGUUUGUCCGUUUGCCACAGACCGAAGGCAGCCGGCCAUUAGACCCACGAGGGCAGCCGGGAUUUGAGAACAACCCGGCGAUGUAAUUUUUUUGGCGUGGGUGGGUGGGUGGG